GAGAGCCCAUUUUGCCAUCCCAGCCUCCCAGGCGCACGGCACCAACCACCUUCCACCUCCCCUCCCCCAAAAUCAAAAUCAUAUCUCUCUCCAUCCAUCGGCCAUGGGCACGGCCAGCGACGCGCCGGCGGGGGCAGCGGCGGCGGAGGAUCAGCAGCAGCAGAACCCCAACCCCCAGCAGCAGCAGCCGGCGAAGCGUACGCUGGUGUUCACGUACGGCACGCUGAAGCGCGGGUUCUCGAACCACCCGCUGCUGCAGGAGCUAUCGCAGGGCGGGGACGCCUCCUUCGUGGGCGCCGCCGUGACGGCGCCGCGCCUCCCGCUGGUGUGCGGGCCCUACCGCGUGCCGUUCCUCAUCAACCUCCCGGGGGAGGGGGGCCACCGCGUGGCCGGGGAGCUCUACGCCGUGACCCCGCGCGGCCUGGCGCGGCUGGACGAGCUGGAGGGCGUCUCCCGCGGGCACUACGAGCGGCUCCCCAUCGCGGUGGACCUGGCCGAGGGCGGGUGCGCAAGGGUGGACGCCGUCGCCUACUACGCGCACCGGGACUACGCCGCCGAGCUGUGGCGGCGCAGCGGGGAGAAGGGGUACCCGGAGUACUCGCACGCCGUGGCGCACGGGUACGUCCGCCGCAAGGACCGGCCGCAGGGGCAGACCUUCCUCGAGCAGAUCCGCAUCUUCGUCUCCUCCCAAUCCUAGUCUCUCUGCUUGUGCGCAUGUGAGGGAUGAUGGAUCAGAAUGCCGUACGGCUGGGGUUGUUGCGAACCUGCGAUCUGCUGUAGCAGAUCGCCGCCCCAUCGUUUCGUCUGAUAGCUAGUGUUCGUGUGCGAGAUGCUGUGUGAGCUGUACGGAAAUUCCAACUUGGUGUGAGCAAUACGUAUCAUCAUCUUUCUCCGUCCCUUGCUGAUAAGAUAAGCUCACCUCACCUGCUGUGAUCUUGGCUGGUUUCUUGCUUUACCAUCCCGAUCCCAUCUCCUGCUUGGGAGGAGGAUUUUGAGCUCUGGUUGUUGAGCAUCUUUCCUCGCCGAGGCUUGCAUGGAAACAUCCUUCUCUUUUUCCGAUGCAA